CGACCGGAAACUCCCGCCCUCCCGGCAGGCCUUGCGAGCUCUCCGCCGGCACCAGUACCAUAGAGAGGAAGCGGACUGCGUUCCUCGUGAGCUCGAGCCGCGCGCGGCUGGGAAGGGAGCCGGGCUUGUCUGGCCCGCGGAGGACUCGACUCACAGGUGCGCGCUUUCCAUUCCGAGGGUCCGGCGUGGCGCGUGCUUUCUCAGCGCCGGGCGCUGGGACCUUCCCGGGCUGCGAGCAUUCUCAGGUCUGGAUCGCUGGACACGGUUGCAGUGAGGCGCUUUGGGGAGGUGAAGGCGGAAGACCCCAGAUAUGCUACCGUCUGUUACAUGGGGCUUUGAGAUUGAGCAUCUGGGGUCGCGGUUGACCUGGGACUUGCAGCCAGAAAUGAAUCCAAGGCCCAGGGCGCGGUUGGGUAGAUAGAAACAGGCACCUUUCUACCCACUUCACUAUGCGACCCGACUUUGUACGUCUCGUGUAAUGGAAAUAAAGACCCCGCCUGCCAGAGCUGUGCAAAUUGAAGCAAAUGGGAUUGUCAUUUACCAAAAUAAAAUCUUGAAGGCCUGUUACGGUAACAGACUGAAGUGAAGAGAUUCUGGCAGUUUUAGGAGAGCUAAUUUGAAAGAAGAGCGAAGACCUCUAAAAAGUCAUUUGGAAACAUCUCUAAAUAUUGUAAAGAAAAAUUAAUCCUCAACAAAACUAACUGAAUAAUUGAAGUAGGUUUAUGUGUGUCAUCAGUUCUAUCCAGAAGUUGAAGAAUCUUCCUUUGAAUUUAAGGAUUGUGUGCCUUUAAUGAGAGGAUGACUUUUCAAUUUAAUUUUACUAUAGAAAACCAUCUGGAAAAUGAAUCAACACCGCUUGGAGAUGGAGCUUUGGCCCUAGAUUCCUCCAAAGGGCCUUCAGUCUCAGAAAGUAAAGAAGGUAAACACAGGGACAGAAAAUGUUCUACAGAACAGUUUGACUGGCCUCAGGAUCAUUUGUCGGAACAUAAGCCAGUGGGCAAUGCAGCUGCCUCGCAAGACACCGACCGCUCACUCGGUGCAGCAAAUAGCUCAAAUAACUUGGAGCCACAUGAAAAACAUCCCUGCAUGAGUGUUGCCCAAGAGCAUCCUAUGCCUAAAGAUUUAAAGAAAGUGUUAGAAAACAAAGUCGUAGAAACACUAUCAGGUCCCCAACAUGUUAAUGUAUCAACAGUGAAAACCAUCUUGUUGAAAGAGAACUUCCCUGGAGAAAAUACAGUUUCACAAAGCAUUUCUUCUCACUCUGAUCUGAUUACUGGUGUUUAUGAAGGAGGCUUAAAAAUCUGGGAAUGUACCUUUGACCUGCUGGCUUAUUUCACAAAGGCCAACGUGAAAUUUGCUGGGAAAAAAGUGUUGGAUCUUGGCUGUGGAUCAGGGUUGCUGGGGAUAGUUGCAUUCAAGGGAGGGGCCAAAGAAAUUCAUUUUCAAGAUUAUAACAGUAUGGUGAUUGAUGAAGUAACCUUACCUAAUGUAGUGGCUAACUCAACUUUGGAAGGUGAAGGAAAUGAUGUAAAUGAACCCGAUGUGAAAAGAUGCAGGAAAUCAAAAAUAACACAAGAAUUAUGUAAGUGCCGGUUCUUUUCAGGGGAGUGGUCUGAGUUUUGUAAGCUUGUACUAAGUAGUGAAAAGUUCUUUGAAAAAUAUGAUCUCAUUCUCACCUCAGAAACCAUUUACAAUCCAGAUUAUUACGAUACUUUGCACCAGACAUUCCUUAGAUUGUUAGAUAAGAAUGGACGGGUGCUCUUAGCCAGCAAAGCACAUUAUUUUGGUGUAGGUGGAGGUAUUCAUCUCUUUCAAAAGUUUGUGGAAGAAAGGAACGUAUUUGAGACUAGAACACUCGAAAUAAUUGAUGAAGGACUAAAGAGAUUCCUAAUUGAAAUGGCUUUUAAGUAACUGAGUUAUUGUCCACUGAGUGUCCUAAGUGAAAUAAAAAGAAUAACCAAAAA